GGUCACAGAAUUCGAACACAGUGCACAAACGGGCUCCCGCCGUAGCAGUAUCAAUACAUAUUUGUAUAAUAAAGGCAAUUAAAUAAUAAAAAGUUUCCCAAGACUCGUGACAAUAAGUGCAGCAAUUAACUGAAUAUAACUUGUGACAACAGCCAAAAUGGGCUACAAAAGUGUGUUCUUGGCAUGUGCCUUAUUUGCACUAUGUCUAAAUCCACUCCAAAUCGAUUCCUGCCAAUCUGUGGAGCAGCGUUUCAAGUUUCCCAAUAGUGAUAUCUAUUUGCGUUUGGUCCGCUCCCCAAAACUGCAGUACCAAGUAAUGAAAGGUUCCAAAACACUACACACUGUUACCUUGGAGAACAGCUCGAGUGAUAGUAAGCUGGAAUUAACGGAUGCCGGUUCUUAUUCGCUUAAAACCACUGACACCACUAUUAAUUUUGAUUUGCUCGCCAACAAUGGUAUAGUCCAUUUACGUGUCUCACGUGACGUACCUGCCGGUACGCAGCCAAUUGAUUGCGUCGACCUGGAUAUACCUAAUACGCACUGGUACGGUGGUCCAGAAUUCAAAAAUCAUUAUUGGCCCGUGGAGAAGCAAACGCUGACGAAUUUCUCUUAUGUAACUAAAGAGCUCGAGAAUAUGGGCGUGGCUGAACGUUAUUGGCUUAAUAGCAAGGGCGAAUUCUAUUACGUCGAUGACAAUACGCCACUUUUCGUCGAACUCAAUUCCAUUGGUUACGAGAAUAAACUAUGUUUCAGCGCAUUGAGUGCAGUGCCCUUCAAUCCACGCACGGAAAAAGUAACUUUCAUAUAUCACAUUGGUGUGGCGGCUAAUGCAAAAGCCGCACAAAUGUAUGCAGUGAAGAAAUUCCUGAAUCAUCCUGUUGAAUACCCGGACGAACGCAUGGUGGCACUUCCUAUCUGGUCGACUUGGGCACUUUAUAAGCGGGAUAUAAACGAGUCGGUUGUGCGCGAGUUCGCCGAUGAAAUCAUAAAUAAGGGUUUCAACAAUAGUCAAAUCGAAAUCGACGAUGAUUGGGAAGAUUGCUAUGGUGCCUUGUCGUUCCGUAAAUCGAAAUUCCCCGAUAUGAAGAAACUAACAGAUGACUUGAAGGCAAAGGGCUUCCGUGUCACACUCUGGAUACACCCGUUCAUCAACAAGAACUGCGAGCCCAUCUAUACUGAGGCGCUGAACAAAGGUUACUUAAUCCUUGAUCAUAAUGGCAAUCCCGACACUCAGUGGUGGAACAGCGGCUCGAAAGAAGCUGCUUAUGUUGACUUCACAAAACCGGAAGUGCGGACUUGGUUCAGCGACCGUUUGAAGAAGUUGCAGGAGGAAGGCGGUAUUGACAGUUUCAAAUUCGACGCAGGCGAGACAAGUUGGAUGCCCGAAGAUCCAGUACUGCAAGGGGACUUGAGCCUUUCGCCGACACAAAUGACUCGCGACUAUGUGCGCACCGUAGGUGCCUUCGGUCCUCUAGUAGAGGUACGUGCCGGUCAGAAUACACAGGAUAUGCCAAUUUUCGUACGCAUUGUCGAUAAGGACUCUGAAUGGGGCUGGAAUAAUGGUUUAAUAACGCUCAUAACAACAUUAUUGCAAAUGAAUUUGAAUGGAUAUCCGUUCGUGUUGCCCGACAUGAUCGGCGGCAAUGGAUACGAUGACAAACCACCAACCAAGGAACUAUUUCUGCGUUGGCUGCAAGCGAAUGUUUUCAUGCCAAGUCUGCAAUUCUCAUAUGUACCAUGGAACUUUGAUGACGAAACGAUUGAGAUCAGUAAAAAAUUUGUUAAAAUGCACGAAGAUUUUGCGCCUGAAAUUGUCAAGCGUUUCAAAUUGGCAACGGAAACAGGUGAACCCGUGAAUCUGCCACUCUGGUGGGCCGACCCCAGCGAUAAGGUUGCUCAAAGUGUAUAUGAUCAAUUUCUUCUUGGCGACGACAUUAUUGCUGCACCCGUUGUUCAAGAAGGUGCUGUUAAACGCGAUAUCUACUUGCCUAAAGGACAAUGGAAAGACGGUAAUACGAAUGAAGUACAUAAUGGUCCUAAAUGGUUAAUGGCAUACAGUGCACCAUUGGACAUUCUGCCGUACUUUGUGCGGGUACAGAAUUAAAGUGAGGACAGGAAUUAACUCUUAAUAUAUAGAAAUUAUGUGAAUCUAAAGAAAUUAUAUAUGUAUAUUUAAACAAUGAUAUUUAUUUGUUAUAGAACUAUAAUAAAAAUUGGCAUUAUAAAAAAUUUCGCAAUUAA